AUGAUUAGCAUUUUAUUCCUUGGCCAUGCAGAAGCCGCAACGGGUAUCCCUUCAGAUCUCUGGGAUUCAGUAAACUACUAUAGCCUCCUUUUGCCAAAGAGGCCUGAAGUGGCCUUGAUCUUGUUUGUUGCGGGCCUCUUUGUGAAUUUUCUGGGGAUUCGUGCAAAAAGAUGCUCUCUGUCUAUGAUCUCGUUCCCUUUACUUCGUCUGAGCAUUGGAAGCAUAAUGAAUGUGCUAAAGGAAAUAGUUAUAGAUAAAUAUGGAAGCAUAUCCGAGGCUCCCCAGAUGGUUAGGAAUGGGCUUGAGAUACUAAAGAAGGUGGACGAGAACAGAUUCUUCAUGAUCUUUCUGUCUGUUGUUCUUGGGCUUGUGAUGGUUUUCUUUGCCAAGGCUGUAAUAUACAUCUUGAUGGUAUAUCUUGCAUUCCAUCUGUGGGGAAUACUGGAAUCAUCUGCCCAGGGGACAAUGGAAGGGAAACUGUAUUACAUUUACCAAACAAUAAUGUUAUGCAUUGGGAUCUUGGUUCUGGUUCUUGUAAAGCCAAUCACCUUCUUAAUCUACAUCCUCAUCUUCUCUGUGUUUGGAUCUCUCUUCAUCAUAGUCGGAGCCAAUUUUGGAUCUGGAUUGAACCUCCAUCUAAAUCAAUACAUCGAUAUGCUUCGAAAAGGAGACUUCUAUCAAGAUCUGGUUGAGAAUAAGAUCUCUGUAGGAUAUAUCUCCCUCGUGACGAUGGGGACUAUUUGCCAGAUACUUCUUAGGAAGAAGCCCACGGCGAAGGCAAACUAA